AGUCGUUCACGAUGAGGAGGAAAGAUAUCUGUCGCGGCAAAUCGAACAGAGACAUCUGUCUAUGAUUGCACUGGCAGGAGCAAUUGUAAGUCAGACGUUUACGCGCUAGGUUCCUUUGCCUUUGCUUGAGCAACUGUGGACCAAUACGGAAUUUCCAACUACAAUCAACUUGGACAUUGCACGUCCACCAUUUCGGCCUGUAUCAUGUCACUAAUACGCCUAUUCCGCGCUUCAUAGGGAACUGGACUGUUUCUAGGACUAGGAUCUUCCAUUCAAACCGGCGGACCUCUCGGAGCAUUGCUAGGAUACGCACUCGUUGGCCUCGUCGUCUGCUCAGUUCAAUUCGCCUUGGGAGAAGUAUCAGCCUUUCUUCCCGUGACUGGCUCCUUUAUCCGCCAUGCAGAAUUUCUCGUCGAUCCAGCGCUCGGCUUUGCAGUCGGUUGGAAUGUGGUGUACGGAGCAUAUAUGUCGGUUCCCAGCGAGAUAUCCGCUGCCGUGGUUCUGAUUCAGUAUUGGACGGAUUUAGACGCGGCUAUUUGGAUUACGAUUUUGAUCGUCAUCACCUUCUUCGUCGCCAUCGCCUUCAUCAGGGUCUAUGCGGAAAUUGAGUUUUUCUUUGCAUUGCUCAAGAUUCUUCUUGUCAUUGGUGUCAUCAUUCUUGGACUUGUGAUAGACCUCGGUGGUGUUAGCGGCCAGGACCGGAUUGGCUUUCGCUACUGGAAACACCCUGGACCCUUUGUUGAAUAUAUUGCGAGCGGCUCUUGGGGCCAGUUCCUUGGAUUCUGGGCUGUCAUGAGCAAUGCCGUGUAUUCUUUUGCUGGAGUUGAGAGUCUGGCAAUGGCUGCCGCCGAAACGAAAAAUCCUCGUCAGAGUAUCCCAAGAGCAUGCAAGCGGGUAUUCGCCCGAGUUACAAUUUUCUAUGUUCUUGCUGUAUUGAUUGUGGGAAUGAUUGUCCCCAGCGACGAUCCUCACCUCUCUGAUGAAUCUGGAACGGCUACACAAAGCCCUUUUGUUACUGCAGCAUCUCGCGCGGGGAUCAAAGCGCUGCCGUCAAUCGUCAAUGCGGUGGUGCUGACUUCUGCCUGGUCAGCCGGAAAUCAGAGCUUGCUGGCCGGCACACGAGCGCUAUAUGGACUGGCUAUCAAACAGCAGGCACCAAAGAUCUUCCUCCGGACGACUAGCUGGGGUACCCCCUAUAUGUGUGUGCUUUUGCAGACGCUGUUCAUGCUGCUCGCCUACAUGAGCGUCUCUAAUAGUGCCUUGACGGUGUUCUUCUGGCUCCUGGAUCUGACAGCUGCCGGUGUUCUUAUUUCAUGGAUUGUCAUCUGCUUCAACCACAUUCGUUUGCUUCAGGCAUUCAAGGCUCAAAAUAUCUCAACUGAGCUCCUACCUUGGAGGCAUUGGUGGUCCAUCUAUAGCUCGUGGUUUUCCUUGAUAACAUGCGUCAUCUUCCUCUUGACUGGAGGCUUUGUAAAUUUCACCCGCGGCGAUUUCAGCGCUCCUUCUUUUGUUUCCUCUUAUCUGGAUAUUCCCCUCGUGCUCACAGCGUUUGUCGCUUGGAAAAUCUAUAAACGGACCCGUCUCGUGCCCCUCACCGAGAUCCCCCUCCAAGCCGCCAUUGAUGAGAUACGGCUCAAUCCCGAAGUACCCAUUCCGGAGCCUACCAAGUGGCAGAAACUCAACGUCCUGUGGGGAUAGACUCGGACUUGCCGUAUCAUUUUUGAUCGAUCGCAGUACUAGAGAGUUGUAGUUGUUUACACAUGAUACCCUUUCAACAUUUUUUUUCGCUCUGACAACAACAAGCUUAACGCACCGUCAGAGUACACGUGCAUUGAUUUGCAUAAAUAUGCAUAGAGAUUUAGAUUAAUCUGUAGCUGUGUCGGCAU